AUGUGGAAUACGCUGGGUACGAUGCGAUCAAUACAUUCAGCACAGCGGGGCGAGACAGAGACACCCGAUCAGGAUACGCAAGUGUCGGGAGGCCAGUUCCAAGAUUGGGGGAGCUCCGCGGGAGCAGAGCAGAGGAGAGUGAGAGGGACAGCGAAUGGGAUCAGAGAAAGAGGCUCUAAUAGAAGCGGAGCGGCGAGAGUAAAGAAGGAACCGGACAGCACAACAUCAAAAAGAGCAGACGCACUGGAGAAAGCUGAGCCACGGAGAAGAGCCACGUUUUACUGCAACACAGGCGUCGUUGGACACGGCAGCGAGGAGCAAAAAUGGAUUUGA